AUGUCUGCCGAAGAAACAUACUAUAACGUCGAAGUUAUCCAGUUUUGGCGAGGCGAGGUAGAGUACCUUCGGCCGCAUCCCCUUCACUGGGUCAUCUACGUCCCAACCGAUCCUGGUGUCGGAAACACGUACCACCUCCUGGGAGACACAGAGACCUACACCGUGGAGUUCAGGCGUAACCAGCCACAUGUCAACCCUGAUGACUGGCGCGGAAGCCACACCAUGGGAAGAGUGGCUGCAAGUAAGCUGGCCCUUUUCGAAUGGAACCUCGCGAGCGUUCCGAUCAUGCAUAACGACCCCCGAUGGAACAGCCAGAACUGGGUGUGGGACUGUCUUCGCCGCCUCCGCCAUCAACGUUUUGAGAUCAGCUGGGAGCUUAGACAAUGCGACCUUCAAACAAAGAUGUGCUGCCUGUUGGAGGACUGGGAUUUCGGUCGAAUUUAG